CAUAUCUAUGGUCAGAGAUUUUGCUAUGGUUCUAUGUGCGUCGCGCAGAUGCCUAGAUUUUUCAUUUAUUUACUGAGAUGAACUAAAUUUAACAAUUUACCUACAUUAAUAGACCGAUAAGAACGAUUGCCCGCUUCGUUACCUGGUUAAAAUGGAAGACAACACCAGGCCGUCGUCCUACUUGGACGAACCACCCAACAGCAGGUUGUUUUUGGUAGCCAGCAAGAGUAUAACAGAAGAUAAUAUUAGAGAUCAUUUUUCGACCUUUGGAGAAAUCCAGGACAUAUGGGUAGUAAAGGACAAACAUACAAAAGAGUCCAAAGGUGUGGCCUUUGUGAAAUUCUCCAAAUCCUCCCAAGCUUGUACAGCCAUGGAAGAAAUGCAUGGGAAGUGUUUGGUGGAAGGAACCAAACCCAUCAAGGUGUUCAUUGCCCAGUCUAGGUCAUCCGGAAGCCACAGGGAUGUAGAGGAUGAGGAGUUGACUAGAAUCUUUGUAAUGAUUCCAAAGACAUUCUCAGAAGAAGACUUGAAAGAAACAUUCAAGGAGUAUGGGAAUAUAGAGUACUGCAUCAUCAUAAAGAACAAACUGACUGGAGAAAGCAAAGGGCUUGGAUAUGUGAGGUUUCAAAGGCCAUCAGAAGCAGCCAUUGCCAUAGAGAACUGUGACAAAACUUUUAGAGCAAUCCUUGCUGAGCCGAGAACCAAAAAUUCAACAACAGAGAAUGACUAUUUCGGAAAUUCCAGAGCCGACCAUGAAGCCGGAAUGAGUGGCUAUCCAUUCAGUGCAGACAACAGCAACUACACGUCAGGAGAGCCGUGGAGUAGCAGUGAAAUGAUCACCAGAUGUCUGAUGAUGACUUCAAGGGCGGUGCUCACACAGGAGCAGGUCCACGGUCUCUUUGAUCUGAUCCCGGGUCUGGAGUAUUGUAAGAUCCAGCUGGAUCAGCAUGGCUUUGUCAAAGGACAAGCCAUGAUUCGUUACACCAAUUUAGGCUCAGCUGUCUACGCCAAAGAGAAGCUUAAUGGCUUUGAAUAUCCACCGGGAAAUCGCCUUGCUGUUGCUUUCAUCGAUGAUGGAGAAGACAGGACCAGUCCGGUUGGCAAGAUGGCCAUGCAGCUGGUUGUAGCUCAGAUGAUGUCUAUGGUGUGGAAUGGCCCCUCUGGAUCACAACUCCUGAAGAGCAGCACUGUUUAUGCUCCCCUGGCUACUCCUCAGAAGCACAGACUACAGACCGACGUCAGCCUUCCGUCGGUGAAGAAGAUGGCGCCCUCAGACAGCGUGGCGAAAGAACGCCUUUUCGUCAUCUUUAACCCUUCACCUUUGCCAGUGGAUGUGCUAGAAGACGUGUUUUGCCGUUUUGGAUCUCUGAUUGAGGUCUUCCUCGUGCCUGGUCGGAAUGUGGGUUACGUGAAGUACGCUGACAGGAAGCAUGCCAACGAGGCCAUGGCGGCCAUGCAUGGCAAGGUCGUCAACGGGGUGAAGAUGAGGGUGAUGCUGGCUGACCCACCGAAAGAGGAGUCCCACAAACGCCAGCGGACCUAUUGACGACCAGUGGCAAACUAGAGAAUUAAGUGACAUGACCUGCUACAUGACUGGACGGACAUAAACGAUGACACGACCGCUAGCUACGGACAGUGACUCCUAUACUUUUUGUUCUUGUUGUUGACUUUGUUUCAUUUUUUUUUUUAAGAGCCGUCUGCUCAAAUCUUCUACAGUAGAAAAAGCUAACAUGAAGUGACCUGCAGUAUCACAUAGAGUUCUAUAAAUAUAAAAUGUAUCUGUUGUCCUCUGAAUCUGUUCUCAAUAAAAUAAAAUAAAACAUUUAAAAAGCCA